GUGGUGAAAAACAAGUCACACAACUUCCCCAUUAGUGAGGAAGUGACUAGAUGAGAUCAACAAAAACAGAUUGGCAGGAUGACUAGAAUAGACUGAUGAGCUGCUGCUUAUCACAGUUAAACAGUACCGUAGCAUCAUGCUAAGCUAAUUCAGGCUAUAUUACAUUAUAAUUCCGGCUAUAUUACACCAAAUAUUGGUUAUAUUAGGUCUAACGACGGAGGCUGCUACAGGCUGGUAUGGUAAGUCUAUCUGAAGAAAGGGUGAUGAUAUCCACAUCCUAAACUGGAGAAUACCAGUGCUGGGCAAUUUUUUUUUAAUUUUACCUUUAUUUAACCAGGCAAGUCAGUUAAGAACAUAUUCUUAUUUGCAAUGACGGCCUGGAAACAGUGGGUUAACUGCCUGUUCAGGGGCAGAACGACAGAUUUGUACCUUGUCAGCUCGGGGUUUUGAACUCGCAACCUUCCGGUUACUAGUCCAACGCUCUAACCACUAGGCUACGAGUGAGAUGAAGGAAUGAGAGGCAAGCACACAUAGCACUGCUACUUCCCAGCUCUUUCUUCCUGCAUCCAAAUGAUCAACAAGGCUCUCUGACCAGACAUGGGGAACGUCUGGACCAGCCCAUUCUCUAUGCCAGGGAAUGGAGAUGACACCAACACCAGCUCUGAUCCCUUUCUGAGAAACAACGAUACCCUGAGAGUCCUGUCUGACUGCACCUCUGCAGACGUCAGUGAAACCCUGGUCGUCUUGUCUGACUACCCCUCAGCAGACGUCAGCGUGCCUCUCUUCAGGAUAGGAGAGAGACUGAGACUCCUGGCAGAGGAGGGUUACUGGUGGAGGGUUUCUUCUGUCCAAACAGGAUAUGAGAACUACAUCCCCAACAACCAUGUGGCCAAGGUCUAUCACGGGUAGGUGAACUCACACUAACCUACCUGACACUGUCAAGGUCUAUCACAGGUAGGUGAACUCACACUAACACUAACCUACCUGACACUGUCACAGU